AUAUUUCUCUUCAAAUUAAAUGUUAAUUUCAAUUAAAAUCUUUAAUCACUAAACAACAGCAUUAAACAGUCAAUAACAUGUGACUGUUUGCUCCUUCUACUCCUCCCUUGCAACAUCACAGAGGUCCAUCUGUUCACACGAAACCCACAUGAAAAUAGGACUCACUGUUUCAUAUUGCAUAGCUUAUUCAGUACAUUUAGAAGAAUUUUGCCUCCAAAAUUAAACCAGAAAAUAUGACUCAGUGAGAACGCAUGGUGGCGCUGCAGGCUAAGAUGAUGGAAAAUACAAUUGCCUACCCAGCUCCCCGAUCCAGCAAACGGUUUCCCAAAGCCUGGAAGCAAAAGAGAAGCUGAGCCAGAGCAAACGCGAGUGUGAAACCUCUUUAAGACACCGUUGAGCUGCUUGCUUCUGACAUUCCGGACUGCAAAACCGUGCUACUAGGAUCCUGGGGAUACAUGAAGCUUCUGUGAACCAACUCUUCAAGAAAGAGCAAUGGAGACUGGAUGGAUGCACAAUCGGAGACACAGGCAAGUCCUUGUUUUCUUUGUUUUGCUGAGCUUGUCUGGGGCGGGCGCCGAGUUGGGGCCCUAUUCCACUGUGGAAGAAACCGAGAGAGGCUCUUUUGUGGCAAACCUAGGGAAAGACCUGGGUUUGGGGUUGACAGAGAUGUCCAGCCGCGGGGCCAGGAUCAUUUCCCAGGGGAACAAACAGCAUUUGCAGCUCAAGGUUCAAACUGGAGAUUUGCUCAUAAAUGAGAAGCUAGAUCGAGAGGAGCUAUGCGGUCCCAUUGAGCCUUGUAUACUACAUUUCCAAGUGUUAAUGGAAAAACCCUUAGAAAUAUUUCAGGCUGAACUGAGGGUGAUAGAUAUAAAUGACCAUUCUCCCGUGUUCAAUAAGAAGGAAAUGGUUCUAAAAAUACUGGAAAACAGUCCUCUAGGAACUGAGUUCCCCCUGUAUCAUGCUGUGGACAUGGACAUAGGAAGUAAUAACGUUCAAAACUAUAAAAUCAGCCCAAGCUCCUAUUUCCGGGUUCUAACCAGAGAACGCAAUGAUGGCAGGAAAUAUCCUGAGCUAGUGUUGGAUAAAGAGCUGGAUCGGGAGGAGGAGCAUCAACUGAGAUUAACCCUGACAGCGCUGGAUGGGGGUUCUCCGCCGCGAUCUGGAACCACCCAGGUCCGCAUUGAAGUGGUGGACAUCAAUGAUAACGCACCUGAGUUUGAGCAGCCCAUCUACAAAGUGCAGAUUCCAGAGAACAGCCCCCUUGGCUCCCUGGUUGCCACAGUCUCCGCCAGGGAUUUAGACAGCGGAGCCAAUGGGAAAAUAUCAUACACACUCUUUCAGCCUUCGGAGGAUAUCAGUAAGACUUUGGAAUUAAAUCCUAGGACCGGAGAAAUUCGACUGAGAGAACAAUUGGAUUUUGAAACGACUAUGUCUUAUGAAGUAGACAUCAAGGCCACAGAUGGGGGAGGUCUUUCAGGAAAGUGUACUCUUCUCCUGCAGGUGGUGGACGUGAACGACAAUCCUCCACAGGUGACCAUGUCUGCACUCACCAGCCCCAUCCCAGAGAACUCGCCUGAGAUUGUAGUUGCUGUUUUCAGCGUUUCAGAUCCCGACUCCGGGAACAAUGGGAAGACGAUUUCCUCCAUCCAGGAAGACCUUCCCUUUCUUCUAAAACCCUCAGUCAAGAACUUUUACACCUUGGUAACGGAGAGAGCACUCGACAGAGAAGCAAAACCUGAAUAUAACAUCACCGUCACAGUCACAGAUAUGGGGACUCCAAGGCUGCAAACGGAGUACAACGUAACAGUGCAGAUAUCGGAUGUCAAUGACAACGCCCCCACCUUCACACAAUCCUCCUACACCCUGUUUGUUCGGGAGAACAACAGCCCCGCCCUGCACAUCGGCAGCGUCAGCGCCACAGACAGAGACUCAGGCACCAACGCACAGGUCACCUACUCGCUGCUGCCGCCCCAGGACCCGCACCUGCCCCUCGCCUCCCUGGUCUCCAUCAACGCGGACAACGGACACCUGUUCGCCCUCCGGUCCCUGGACUACGAGGCCCUGCAGGCGUUCGAGUUCCGCGUGGGCGCCACAGAUCGCGGCUCCCCGGCGCUGAGCAGCGAGGCGCUGGUGCGCGUGCUGGUGCUGGACGCCAACGACAACUCGCCCUUCGUGCUGUACCCGCUGCAGAACGGCUCCGCGCCCUGCACCGAGCUGGUGCCCCGGGCGGCCGAGCCGGGCUACCUGGUGACCAAGGUGGUGGCGGUGGACGGCGACUCGGGCCAGAACGCCUGGCUGUCGUUCCAGCUGCUCAAGGCCACGGAGCCCGGGCUGUUCGGCGUGUGGGCGCACAAUGGCGAGGUGCGCACCGCCAGGCUGCUGAGCGAGCGCGACGCGGCCAAGCACAGGCUGCUGGUGCUGGUCAAGGACAAUGGCGAGCCUCCGCGCUCGGCCACCGCCACGCUGCACGUGCUCCUGGUGGACGGCUUCUCCCAGCCCUACCUGCCGCUCCCGGAGGCGGCCCCGGCCCAGGCCCAGGCCGACUCGCUCACCGUCUACCUGGUGGUGGCGUUGGCCUCGGUGUCGUCGCUCUUCCUGUUCUCGGUGCUCCUGUUCGUGGCGGUGCGGCUGUGCAGGAGGAGCAGGGCGGCCUCUGUGGGUGGCUGCUCGGUGCCCGAGGGCCCGUUUCCAGGGCAUCUGAUGGACGUGAGCGGCACCGGGACCCUGUCCCAGAGCUACCAGUACGAGGUGUAUCUGACAGGAGGUUCUGGGACAAACGAGUUCAAAUUCCUGAAGCCGAUUAUCCCCAACUUCUCGUCUUAGGUAACUGGGAACUAAAUAGAUUAAAAUUCCACACUUCACAGUAGCUUUGGAUUUAAUUAUUCGUAGCAAUCCAUUGGUUGAAUAACUACACUUUUAUCAUUGUCGUGUUGAAUAAAAUGUUCAUGCUCACCACCACCCAGAAGGUGGUACUUUUCUCUGAUUGCUACUUCCAAUUAUAUCGUGAAGUUGUUUGCCUUUUGCUCGUAUUUAACCCAAAGAGGUGUUUUCAUAUAAUCUCAAGUAACAAAAUAGACUUUAUCUUCAAAGUUGACAUCAUUUAAAAUUUUUGCCUUUAUAUUUUGUUCACUUUCUAUUCAUUUUUUGCUUCAUUAUUCAUGUUAGUUCUCAGUUUCCUGGAGCUUCAAGCAUUAAAAUAGCUUGCUGCAUGUAUUAGGUUUCCUAUGUUACAGUUCUUUUUUUUAUUUUCGUUUCAAAAUUGGUAUUCUUGUUGGUUUUUGAAUCUCAAUUUUAUAACAUUUUCUUAAAAGUUCCUUUUUUUUCUUUUUAGACAGGGUCUUACUCUGUCACCCAGGCUGGAGUGCAGUGGCACAAUCUUGGCUCACUGCUCCCUCUGCCUCUCAGGCUCAAGGGAUCCUCCUACCUCAGCCCUUGAGUAGCUUGGACCACCACACCUGGCUAAUCUUUUGUAGAGAUGGAAAUUUUUAGGUUGCCCAGGCUGGUCUUGAACUCCUGGGGUUAAGUCAUCCUGCAUCCUUGGCCUCCCAAAAUUCUAGCAUUACAGGCAUAAGCCAAUGUCCCCAUUCAAAGGUACCUUCUUUAAAAAAAGUUCUAUUUUCCCUGUAUUGAUAGCUCUCUAAAUAAAAUAUAAUAUUCCUGUUGUAAGUGAUAUGAGAAAUCUUUAACCAGGCUUAUCUAAAAAUAAAGAGAAGUUAUUGUAAGGCAUUGAGUAUGUGCAAAUGUGUUUAUGUUUAUAGCCAACGGCAAAGGUAUUAUGUAAAAAUAUUUAAUAAUUUAUUGUUUCUAAUUCUGAAUUUAAAAAUCAGAGGUCCCUGUUUUGUUUUUAAUGGCCAAUAACUCAGUCUCAUUCAGUUGGAAAAUAUAGAACUCAUCAAGGAGAGGUUUAUAUGGUUUGGCUUUUAUAGACCUCACAGAUAUGUUGGCAGUAUCCAGCCCUUUCUCUGUAAAACAUCCCUAUGUUUAAUCUGCAUUUCUUGCUUAUUAUGAGAAAAAUUGAGCUUCUUUCUAGACAUAAGACCUUUGAAUAAGAUUCUCUGUGAGUCAGA